AUGACUCACUGGGCAUUUAGUCCCAUUCAGCCGGGGGCAGCCCGGAAUAUGGCCGCGUGGCAGAUUGCAGGAAAGAAAGACGGACCUUACCAGAUCGAUGUUUCAUGGCCGCUGACCUGGUCUGAGUCUGGAGAUGCCUCCGGUAAAAGCGCAAACGCAGUCUACCUUGUAGACGGAAACGCGCUCUUCCUCACCGCAACCGAGACCCUUCGACGACGGGAGUCGCAUCGACCAAGUGAGACAGGAACCGUCGUCAUCGCCAUUGGUUAUCCUAUUACAGACUCUGUCUUCAGCCCUCGGCGUAGCUAUGACCUAACGCCUCCUUGUGAUCAUUACAUCCCGCCCGAGGGGCCGGAUGGGAGCCCGAAACCGGAAGCCCAUGGAGGCGCCGAUGAGUUCUUGACCUUUAUCGCAGAGAUAGUCAGGCCAUUUGUGGAGUUGAAAGUAUUUCCGCGCGUCUCUUUCGGCCGUACUGCGCUAUUCGGCCACUCUUAUGGCGGGCUAUUCGCGCUUCAUGCCCUCUUCACAAAACCAUCAAGUUUCGACGUUUACCUCGCUGCCAGUCCGUCAAUCUGGUGGAAUAACCGGUCUAUCCUGACCGAAGCAAGACGGUUCAUAAGUGGUGCAGCACUUUUUUCAAGCGCCCAUCCUGUUCUCCGGUUGUCAUUCGGCUCGAGGGAGCAGUAUCCUGUCCGCCAACGGGUUGAAUCGGAUGAAAUGUUUAAGCGAAGGCAGCGCGCUGCUGAGCAGCGUCGGAUGAACGACAACUGCGAGGAGCUUUACUCGGAGCUUCUGGCCAGUGGAAGACUCUGUAAGCUGGAGGUUAAAGAGUACCUUGAUGAAGAUCAUGGGAGUGUUAUCGGUCCUGCCCUGAGCGGGGGUAUUAUGUUUCUUAGCAACCUCAGUGCCUGA